AUGCAAACACCGCAGCAACCUAAAGUUCUUGCUAAACCUGGUAACGGUGCACCUAAGGAAACCCCGUCAGCGGGGAAGUCCGGAUCAUCAGAUCCCAAGGUUGAAUCAGAAGGGUCAUUGUCAGCGUCCCCAAAAAAUGAGGAACAAGCCGAAAAAGCAGAUAAGAAGCCUGAAGAACCUUCUUCGAAAGGUGAAACCGAUGUGCAAACAGUAGAACAGGAUAAAACUCCCGUUAAUCCCAGUGGAGACUCCUCUCCUGAAACCAAGUCCGGAUCAUCAGAUCCCAAGGUUGAAUCAGAAGGGUCAUUGUCAGCGUCCCCAAAAAAUGAGGAACAAGCCGAAAAAGCAGAUAAGAAGCCUGAAGAACCUUCUUCGAAAGGUGAAACCGAUGUGCAAACAGUAGAACAGGAUAAAACUCCCGUUAAUCCCAGUGGAGACUCCUCUCCUGAAACCAAGGUGCCCACUGAAGAGUCCGGAUCAUCAGAUCCUAAGGUUGAAUCAGAACUGUCAUUGCCAGCAUCCACACAAAAUGAGGAACAGGGCGAAAACGAGGGACAGGAGUCAAAAGAAACUACAGUAAAUGGUGAAGCCAGCAAACAAACACCAGAACAAAAUAAUAAACUUCGUGGUAGUCCUAGUGAAGGUCCCCCCAAAGAAAACGCGUCCGCUGGUAAGUCGGAUAAAUCAGAUGCACCUAAUAAACCGGAAGUAGCUGAGAACCAAAAACCACAGGGGAAAUGGAAAUUACCAUGGAAAAAGAAACUACCCAGGAAACCAAAAGCACCUGAGACACAGGAAGCACCUGGGCACUCAGGAUCACAACAACCACAAGUGCCGCCACAACAGGGAGAAGUGACAGAGCCCGGAAAAAAAGAAACUGCAAUGCCUUCAUUGCAACAGGAAGCCAAUGAAGAUGAACACUGUGGGGGCGCUUACCCUAGGUGGAAAGCUCGUGUCUUGGAAAAGUACCAAUCAGAGCUGCCAUAUGGUUGCACCAUGGAUGAUCUUUCACAGAAUCUCAUGAACCAGGCGACAUUAGGCUUGCGGAACAAAUAUUGUUCUCGACUUAAUAAAAAAGAUGCAUAUGUUACAUUUUUUUACCAUGUGAUAUAUUUAGAAAGGGAAUAUUACGCCAUGGUAGACUAUAUGCAGAAGUUGUUUUAUGGCAUAGCGAAGGGCAAGAAUUUGUCAGAGGAGAACAAGUUAAAGUUAUGGGAAGAAUGCAAGAGGGAACUUCUGUGUGAAUUGGAAUGCUUCCAGAAGGCAUAUGAAAGUUUAUUUCUAAAAGUUCUUGAUAGCAAAAACGGAAAUGAUGUGAAGGGCAAACCACUUGACAAACUGGCAGGUGGUUUCGACAAAACAAUACAGGCAUGUAUUAGCCGAAAGAAGGAGAAGGGGGAGAGUAUUUUAACCGAGAAAGUUAAGAACUACAGAGCAGGAGCAAGCGGACAACGUAGUACUCAGGGGAAUGAGAAACCAGAAAAAGAAAAAGAAGGAGAAAAGGACAAUAAAGAAAAGAAGGAAAAAGAAGGAGAAAAGGAAAAUAAAGAAAAGAAAGAAAAAGAAGGAGAAAAGGAAAACAAAGAAAAGAAAGACAAAGAAGGAGAAAAGGAAAAUAAAGAAAAGAAAGAAAACAAGAAGAAAUGA